ACUAUGUUGUAUGCUCGAUUGAAGAGGCGAAUGACACUGAUGAAAUGUCACUUGAUGAUUUGGAAAGCUCCGUCCUGGCUCAUGAAAAGAAGCUGAUCUCACAGGACAAUGAAAGUGAGCAGGCUUUGAAGGCCUCUGUAAAUCACCAUUCCUCAUCAGGAAACAGAGGUGGUCGGGGCAGAGGUCGUGGGAGAGGAAGAGGAAGCAACUACCAAAGCCAAAAUCAGCCCAAUCAGUUCCAAGGAAGAGGAGGAGAACGUGGAGGUCAUCACUCAACAAACCAUAAAUCAAGGUCAGUAGACAAAUCAAAAGUUGAGUGCUUUCGUUGCCACAACAUUACCGAACCAGCUCAAAAGAACAAGUGGUAUUUGGAUUCUGGGUGCAGCAACCAUAUGUGUGGAGAUAAGAAUGUUUUUACCACUCUUGACGAGUCAUUUCGCAACACUGUCAAGUUUGGUGAUAACUCUACUGUUUCAGUUAUGGGAAAGGGAACAGUCAGUCACCAAGCCAAAGAUAACUCCACCCACAUCAUCUCGGAUGUUCUUUUUGUUCCAGAUUUGAAGCCCAAUCUGCUCAGUAUUGGUCAACUUCAAGAAAAGGGAUAUGAAGUUUCUAUCAAGGAUGGAGUGUGUCGUAUUCGAGAUGCAAAGUUGGGUUUGAUUGCUCAGGGUAUAGUUUAUCACGCUGGACCUUCUAUUGGUGGGCUUGAAAAAGAAAUGAAUCCACCAUCUCAUGUUACAGUAGAUGAAGUUCAAAGCCAUAUUUCAUGGGAAUUAAAUGAAAAUUUUGAAUUUGUUGGUCCAGUUGAAACUGAAUUUAGGGCUAAUACAAGUUUGAUGAAUGAGGCUCUAGGACAACGUACUCAACACACAGCCUCAACUUGUGUAGAAACAGAAGAAGCAGAAGUAGAAGGUAGAGAACAAUUAUUAGCAUGUGAAGACAUUCAAGAAGGUGAAGAAGACCUCUAUGACUCUGAAUACCUUGUAGAAGACGGAGAUGAUGACUUUAAUUUUGAAGUGAGUGAGAAUAAUUUGAAUGAUGAAGUUAAUAAAAUCAGGGAUGAGGAACAAUUGGAGGUAGACCGUGAGGGAGAAGAGGAAUUUGUUAGGGGAACAUAUGAAGGACUAGGAGAGCACUUUAGAGUUGAAGUUGGAUCUGAUGUUUCUGAUUAUGCAGCUAGUGAUGAGGAGUUGGAAACUGAUUUUGAAGAUGAUGAUAAAAGUAGGCCAAAGUUUCCAAGUUUUCAUGAGAGGUUCAUCUUAAAUCCGCAAUUUGAGCUCGGUCUACUUUUUAAAGAUAAGAAACAAUUCAAGAAAGCUUGUCAAAACUGGGGUAUUAAACAUAGAUGGGAAGUUAGAUUCAAGAAAGACAACAAAGUAAAGGUUGUUUGCAUUUGUCCCGUUGAAGGCUGCAAUUUCAGGAUCACAGCAGCUAAAGUUGAUAAAAAAGACAAUCAGAACAACACUUUUCAAGUUACAAUGAUGAAGCUCGAUCACACAUGCGGGGAGAAGAGCUUAAAAAUGUGUUGUGGAAUGCUGCUCGGGCAUCAUAUGAAGCUAAGUUAGAGAAGUGUUUAGAAGAAAUAGAGGAAAAAUGCAAGGAAGCUAGAGAGUGGUUGAGGUCCAGACCUUGCAAAAAUUGGUGUAGGGCAUUCUUUAGGGACUCAGUUAAAUGUGAUAUGCUCACUAACAAUGUGUGUGAGGCAUUUAACAAAUACAUCUUGGACACUAGG